AUGUCGUAUGCCCUUGUCCAGUACUGCCUCUGCCGACUGCCCAUCCCUCACCUCGAACGACUUGGACAUCUCAACAUUCCCUUUGCACUCCACGCAGCCCCGUUCCAAUUCCUCCAGAAGCACCACAGUGCCUUUGGUUUCGCCUGGGUGGAGAGGCUGGUCUGGAGAACACACGAUCUGCACAAGCCUUACAACUUCCUCCGACCCGAACUGCUCUUGGCUCAGGAGUCUAGCUCCCAGAGACUUGUCGCGAUCCUCACCAUCAUGCCUGGGGAAGAUUACAUUCGACACUAUGCGAGCAUGCUGGAGGUGGCCCAGCAUGCCGGCGCAAUCCACCCAAACGAUGGAACAAUCCACUGCGUGCUCUACCCUCACCUCACGCAGUCCAUCAUGACGUGGACCGGACUGACCGAGCUCUCUGCCAAUGUUGAGCCGGGAGACAUUGUCGUUCUCGGGUUCGUGGCCGAGCUGCUUCCACGUUUCGCUUCUCUUGUACCUACGUCUCGAGUGGUUUGGCGACAAGACUCGCCGUACUACGGUCUGGUCCGGCUUGAACUUCGUCCGGGGCUCGUGUUCAGCCUCGUGGGUGCCAAGUACAGCUAUUGGGGCAACCUAGGUGGACGCGUUGUCACGGAGCUUGCUGCUCGCAGACCACGGGCCAUUUGUUACGUUGCUAAGCAGGGAACACUGCUGUCGCCUGACGACAUCCACUGUCGAAUCUACUCGCCUACUCGAUACUGCGUCUUUGAUAAAGGACAAGCCUGCUGGCGGGGCGAUGACCACCCAGCCAUACCCACCAACCCACUCUCAUCCAAAUUCCCAACCUUUGAUCGAGGCCUGCAUGUGUCAACUCCCACAAUCGUCGAGCAGGAUGUGGAGUUCCGAACGCAACUGGAGACCCAUGGCGCUGCGUCCAUUGACAACGAACUGGCGCAAAUGGCAAGGGCCCUCACGGACCUGCACGAAGAUAAUCCUUCCAUGCACCGUAUUCAAUUGCUGCCCAUCAUGUUCAUUACUGACUAUCUUCGAGGCCCAGAAGAGUUGGAAAUGGCAGUGCCAUUCGACCUGACAUCGCGGAAUCAAACCGUACAGCGCAACAAGGAGCUCUUCCUCGCCAGGGCUGCCCACCUGGUGCUAGAAGCAUUUGAUGUCAUCCAGCGUCCCAAGGCCGUCAUAGUCGGGACGGGCUAUGGUGUCAAGACCAUUCUCCCAGCGCUGCAAAGGCGCGGCGUGGAAGUCGUUGGACUAUGCGGUGGUCAUAAUCGUGCCAAGACUGAGACCGUCGCGACAAAACACAAGAUCCCAUGUGUUGAUAUCCCCUUGGAACAACUGCAGGCCUCUCAUGGCGCCAAUUUGCUCUUCGUUGCUUCGCCGCACGACAAGCAUGCUGCCCUCGUCCAGGAGGCCCUCGACCUCGGCGGCUUCGACAUUAUAUGCGAGAAGCCACUCGCCCUUGACAAGGCAACGAUGGGACAUUUCAUCGACCAGGCGCGACGCUCUCCUCAGCUGUGUUUGAUCAAUCACCCUCUUCGCUUCUACCCGCCGCUCAUCCAUCUGAAGACUGCCACAAAAGAGCCGACCAACAUCCUGUCCAUCGACAUUCGGUACCUCACCAAGCGCCUUGCGAAGCUCAUUCAUUGGAACCCUUGCUUCUCCAAAGCGGCAGGAGGGGGAAUGAUGCUUGCAAUGGCCACUCAUCUCCUUGAUCUCAUCGAAUGGCUCACAGAGUCUCGACUCGCCCAUGACUCGGUGAAAAGCAUCAGCACGUCCAACUCGAUUGCUCCUCUGACAAAUGAAGAUGCCCAACUCGCCAAGGCGCCCGAUGUUGAGUCAGCGUUCAAGAUGAGCGGCUACUGUCCACCCUCCACGAAAUACUCGAUCGACUGUGACGGGGCUGCAGACACCGAACUCUUUUCUGUCACUAUCAACCUUGCGAAUGAAGAUGAGCUUCGAUUUAUCCAGCGAAAAGGAAGCCCUAUACUGCUGGAACAGCGCUGCGGGGGCCGGGAGUGGUUGCCCUUCAAGGUGAGCUUGGAACACCGCAUUCGUGAUGGCUCUCCGUGGCAAGUAUCCUUUCAGUACUUUGUGGAAGAAUUGGUGGAGGCUAUUUGCAUGAGCAAAAGGUCGGCAUUUGUGGACAAAGCGACUGGCUUUGAGGACUAUGUCAGACAAGUUGGGCUCUUCGGGUCCAGGGUGGGCAUAGUCUGA